AUGGCCAAAACCCAAUCUUUGAGUAUUCAUGCAGAUGGUGACUACAUUGACAUGGAGCUGAGCUCCUCUUCAAACUUCAUUUGCUACUCCAUUAGCUCUCCCCCACAAAGCAGAGAGUUUGAGUUCCAAAUGUCUUCAGUUUGUCAUGGCAGAGAAACCACAACAUCCCCAGCUGAUGAACUCUUCUACAAGGGAAAACUCCUCCCUCUCCACCUCCCUCCUCGCUUGCUAAUGGUUCAAAAGCUCCUCCAAAACCCCAACACCACCACCUUAAGCAAUAAAUCAGAAGCAGCCUUUGCAGAAAACUAUGACAUUCCCUUCAUUACUACCUCCACUACACCUUCCACUAACCCCAAUUCACCAUUGGAAUCUUGCAACAUCUCACCAUCAGAAUCUUGGAGGGCUAGUAGUGAACUGAACCCAGAUGAAUAUUUCUUUGAAUGGCCAACUGAAGCUAACAGUUUCCUUGGAGAUCAUCAAAAGAAGUCCUGGACUAAGAAGCUAAAGCAAUCCUCACUUGGUCAAAAACUCAAGGCCUCAAGAGCAUAUCUAAAGUCUUUGUUUGAUAAAUCUGGUUGCACAGAUGAUUCCUGUGCUAAAGCAGCAUGCAAUGCAGAAGAAGAAACUGUUUGCAAAGGUCAGGACUGUAUGAUUAAGUACAUGAAAGUACCAAAGAAGAAUCCAUUUGGCAGUAUUGAUAAUGAAAGACACAAGAUAUCAAAUACUCUCAAGAGAAGCAUUGAGAAAGAGAAGGCUGAAGAUGGUUUUCGUUGCCAAAGGAGGUCUUUCUCGGGGGCAAUUCAAUGGCAUUCUACAACUAAGUCUUCAUCAUCCUCAACUAUAUCAACAUCUUCUUCUGGUUCUUCUUCUUCAUCUUCAUCCUUUUCAUUUAGUUCAAAUGGGUUCUGUGACUUAGAGUUGCUCAAGAGAAGUAGCAGUUCAAAUUCAGAGUUUGAGAGUUCAAUUGAGGGAGCAAUUGCUUAUUGUAAAAAGUCACAGCAGCUGUUUGGUUCAAGAAAGAGUUCAAGGGAAGUUGAAGUCUGUUCAUUGUCUGCUUCAGUGAUUGCAGCUUGUGGGAAUCAAGAGAGACCUAAACUAUGCAUCAUAUAA